AUGCGGCUCGGCGUGCCGUCUUAUAAAAUAACAAUCCUCUUCAUCAUGCUCACUAUACAGACCGUUAUCUCCAUCAUGAUGAGAUUCCACCAGAAAGCGUCCUCGCUCUUUGCAGCAAUGGCCGGCCAAGCCAUCUUCAGCAAUGCACAAGCUGGCAACGCGUCGUGCUCCGAGUCUACGAAUGCGAGCUUAUCGUGGCAUCCACCGGUCCAGUACGACGUCAACAGCUUGUCCAGCGCAAUCAAUGGAACGGGCGUAUACGGCUUUAUAUUCAACUCCAGCCAAGGUCCACUUGCCACAUACAACUGGUGCAACAUGCCACAUACCAAUCCCCAGACCUACUCAAAAGUCAGUGAUGAGUACAAGCUGGAAUACGUUGAGGUCAUCCAUCGCCACCACAAGCGUACGCCUUAUGCGGACAACACCUUUCCGAGGGAAGGUUAUGCUUGGUCCUGUAGCGACGAAGGCCUAUUCUAUGGCGGCAAGCCGUUGAAUCCGCACGGUAACGAGUCUGCGUCCACCUACUGGUCUGUCUAUACGCCCGAGUCCAACCCUCUUGCUCCGCAGGGCUUCAAUGGCACCUGCCGGUUCCCACAGAUCACGCGCGAGGGCUUAGACGAUAGCCAUCAGCACAGCGUGGACCUCAAAGCUGUGUACUCAGAUCUUCUGGGCUUCAUACCGAGGGAGUACGACGAGAAGGCGGUGUCUUACCGCGUUACAAACAACGUCAUCACUUCUCAGGUGGCUAGCAUGCUGAUUGCUGGCAUGUAUCCAUCGCGCGCAGGACAGGACACGCCACUUCUAAUCCAGCCGGACAGCGUCGAUUCACUUGAGCCAGGAUACUCCUGCAGCUCAGCAUCAAGUCUGUUCAGCUCGUAUGGCUCUGGUAGCUCGUCACCCGCCUGGCUUGAACACAUCAACGCCUCUCGGGAUCUGCUCACCCGCCUUGAUGCUCUUUCUGGCGUCGAUCCAGACGACUCAGACUGGCAUAUGAGCUACGACCACUACUUUGACAACCUGUCCGCACGUUUAUGCCAUGACAAGCCAUUACCAUGCAAUGUCAACCACACCGAUGACUGCGUCAGCCUAGCCGAAGCCGAAGAAGUCUUCCGACUUGGCGAGUACGAGUACAGCUUCAUCUAUCGCGACUCGAACCAGUCACUUGCUGCCAGCACUGGCAGCUACGGCAUCUGGCUGGCCGAGCUUGCUCAGAACUUCCGCCAUGCGAUGGGAACUGGCGCCUCGUCCACAGCCAACACGACACCGGCGAGCAUCAAGUACAGACACAACGUGGCACACGAUGGCUCCAUCUCUAGACUUCUCUCCAUUCUUCAGCUAGAGAAGAUGGUGUGGCCUGGUAUGGGUGCUGAGGUGGUGUUUGAGAUGUACAGCAAGAAUGGGUGCUUCUUCCUGCGAGUUCUAUGGGGUGGUCAAGUCUUGCGAAGCAGUCAUCCUGAUUUUGGGAUGAUGUCCAUGGUGCCGGUGAGCACGUUCCUGGCGUAUGUCGAUGGUUUGGUUGGAGUGGGUGCAAGCAAGAUUCCGGCGCUAUGCGAGUCGUAG